CGGUUGUUCUUUUUUUGGAAGUAGCACCGCAACCGGAGAAACUAAUAUUCCUGGUUCCAUCGCCGCCUUUCGAGCGCGGAAGUUGGAAUCACAGACGCCAGCGACCACGAGAACAACGUCAGCACGCUUGUUGUCGACAGCAAUUGGGCCGGGUAUCCUUUUUAAUCGGCAUUGUCCUCAUAUACAUCCCCAUCAUGAGGUCCUCUCUACGAUUGCUGGCAAACGUCAAGUCUGCCAGAUACCUCCAACCCCAUGCACCCACCGGCCUCACCGGCCUCACUACCCACCCAAGACCCCGACAGGCUCUCCUCAUCCUAUACACAAACACUUUGAACAAACUCCAGAAUAUCCCUGAGUCGUCCGUUUACCGCCAAGCCACGGAAGCCCUCACAAAACACCGAUUGAAGAUCGUCGAAUCCACCAAACCGCCCGGCUACGACAAAUGGCACCAGGAAGUACAACAGAAAGUCGCAGCAAACCCAGACCUGGUCAAAGCCAUGUCAACUCCAAGUGGUGGUCUUGCGGCAGUCUACACGCCAUUGGGCGGCCGGGUGUCGGAACUUGAAAAGCGACACUAUGCCGAGAACAUGGAGAAUGCGUUGCGCCAAAUAAAGGAGGAAGAGGAGCAGUUCGAGAAGUUGCCAGAGAGAGUGAAGCCUGCCGUGACACGGUGGUCGAAGGAAAAACAAGAGACUGAACAGCUUGAAAAUAAAGAGGAGCCUGCUGCAGCCGAACCCCGGAUUGAUUUAUAUGAUGAACCAGCUUUGGAAGCGGCGCAGAUCUCCGAAAUUGAAAACCAGAUUGGAGCAGGUCUGAUAGAGGAAGUUAUCGAAGUUGCGGAAGGGGAGCUAAAACUUGUAGAUGAUAUGAUCAAAUUUAAAGUAUGGGAACAGCUGGUAGAAAACCCGAAGCCAGGCCAAUGGACAUAUUUUGGCAGAGACCGAGGCAGUGAUGCAAGCUAAAGGCCCUGGCGGUUUUCCUUUUGGCAAUUUCAUUUAUCGACCUAGCUCAUAGUAUGGGGUCCUAGAGGGUUUAGAGAGCUUUAAUCGCUUUGUUCUAAUCAAAUUUUAUGUUGACUACUGUAAAUAUAUUAAAUAUUUUCGGAAGCCCCAUCUUUCCAGAGCAUGUCAAAUCUUAUGCACCGUUUUUCCUGGGCUAUAGGCGUUUGCGCAUCGAGUUUACAGCAUAUGGCGGACAUGAAACACCAGAUAUCCUGUGUUGUGCAAUAAUAUUCUUAUAAAUUUUAUGAAUCUCCAAUAUACUCUAUGAAUAAUCAAAUUUAACCCAGGUAUUCCUUUCGUUGGUCUAUAUCGACAUUAUUGUGCCGUCCGCCCAAAAUCCGGCG